AACUCGAAUAUCCAAAUACUAUUCUUCUUCGCACAUUCAGUCACCUCCGCUCAGCAUAGUGACUGCGGCCAUGGCCGUCUUGCCAACAUUACCAAAAUACCCUUCCUCCCCACUUCCCUCUUUCACCAUCUUCUCUACCACCUCCUCUUCUUCCUACUCUUUCCGCUGUUGCGCCACCGCCCAAUCUCAAGUGGCCGUCGUCAAUGGCAGAGCAGACACCAAAGUCUCCGAGCGGAAUGAGAUUCGUCUCGGACUUCCUAGCAAGGGUCGAAUGGCUGCGGAUACUCUCGAUCUUCUCAAGGACUGCCAAUUGUCAGUGAAGCAAACCAAUCCUCGCCAGUAUGUUGCGGAAAUCCCUCAGCUCUCCAACUUGGAAGUGUGGUUUCAGCGUCCCAAAGACAUCGUACGGAAAUUGAUGUCUGGAGACUUGGACCUUGGCAUUGUGGGUCUUGACACUUUCACUGAAUAUGGCCAGGAGAAUGAGGAUCUUAUCAUUGUCCAUGAUGCUCUUGACUAUGGUGAUUGUCGUUUAUCCUUUGCAAUCCCCAAAUAUGGGAUUUUUGAGAAUAUAAACUCUAUGAAGGGGCUUUCCCAAAUGCCUCAAUGGACGGAAGAGAAACCUCUUCGUGUUGCUACUGGUUUCACCUAUCUGGGUCCUAAAUUCAUGAAAGAAAAUGGAGUCAAGCAUGUCACCUUUUCGACGGCUGACGGAGCUUUGGAGGCAGCUCCUGCGAUGGGCAUAGCUGAUGCUAUUUUGGACCUUGUGAGUAGUGGGACAACAUUGAAAGAAAAUAACUUAAAAGAAAUCGAUGGUGGAACUGUAUUAGAAAGCCAAGCUGUUCUUGUUGCGACCAGAAGAUCAUUGAUACAGAGGAAAGGCGUACUUGACACAACACAUGAGAUUCUCGAAAGACUGGAAGCACAUCUGAGGGCCGUGGGUCAGUUCACGGUAACGGCAAACAUGAGAGGAAGUAGUGCAGAGGAAGUUGCUGAGAGGAUCCUCAGCCAGACGUCAUUGUCUGGGUUGCAGGGUCCAACUAUAAGUCCUGUUUUCUGUAAACGCGACGGAAGAGUUUCAGCUGACUACUAUGCCAUUGUCAUAUGUGUACCCAAAAAGGAACUCUACAAGUCUGUGCAACAAUUAAGAGCGAUUGGAGGAAGUGGGGUUUUGAUUUCUCCUUUAACGUACAUUUUCGAUGAAGAAACACCAAGGUGGAGGGAGCUUCUCUCAAAACUUGGCGUCUGAAUGUCCCCUGGUCUUUAGCCAAGUUAUCGCAUUUCUGUAGCUGUAACAAGGCUGGAAUGUUUGUCAUGCCCAUAUCCCAUUCCUAAUUUCUGGCAAAUGGCUUUAUGGUGGGAUCAAAAUGCUUGGAGAAUCAAACUACGGAAAAUUUUGUACCAUAUUCUUGUUUGAAUUGUCAUUUUGGGGCCCUCUUGGUUUUUGUAUUUUCAGCAAGCUUGUUAUAGAUUAUCAGCAUUUCUUGCCACUACUCAAUAAGUAGUAGUUAUCAGAAUUGAUACAGUUGGUGUAAGUUAUUCAAUAAAUUCACAUCUUUUUUCUUA